AAAUGAAUGUCAUUGCUCACUUUUUGAUAAGAGUGAGAAGCAACCCUAAUUGAGAUAUUUAUGCAAAUUGGAAUUGGAAGAUGUCAAGUCCAAAUGACCAAAAUAACCCUCAACGCGCCCUAAAAUCCGGACAACAAAAACCGCUGCACCCACGUAUCCUCCCAUCUCCAUCCUGAUCCGUCAUUUUACCUUUUGUUUUGCCCUUCUUCGUAAUAUAUAUACGCCCACCUUCUGUUUCGUCCCUGUUCCCGAUCCUCUCCCCUGCGCUCCCAUGGAAGACGAACGAGAAUCUUCUUCUCUCAAGCACAAGCUCAAGAGCUCCCUAUGCUUGUCCUGCUGCUUUCGCAGCGCUCGUCGCGAAACUCUGGACUCCCCAUCCGAUGAGCGGCCCAGGCUGAUCAGAGCGUCAUCCUCCUGGCUCAGAUCCAGAGCUCAAGACCUGCCGGAGAUCCGAGACAAGUGCCGGAACAUCAUGUCUCGGAUCGGCCGGAGCCGCCGCCAGUCGCACGAUUUCAGGUACGACCCGCUCAGUUACGCGCUCAAUUUCGACGAAGGCUUCGAGGAGAGCUACGACGAUGAGUUCCCCCUGAGGAACUUCUCGGCGAGGCUGCCGGCCGCGAAGCCGCCCCCGGGGUCUGCCGCGUCGCCGACGGUGCCGAGGGAGAUCGCCGCGUGUAGUUAGAAUAAGCGUUCCUUGGUGUGGUGUGUUGGCGGGUUGAGUCUUGCGUUGAAGAAUUUCCCCUUGGAGAUCGCCCGUGGUGAAUGUGAAUGUGCUCCGCCAGUGAGAGCGUAUCGAGGAAGAUCAUCACUCGAUGUUAUUGCAGGGAUUUCGGUCAGGUUAGGGUUCUGUGUCGAUGACUCUCUGUACAGAGAUUUAGAUUUGCGUGUGGUGUUCUAGCGAAAAUUUUCUUGUACAUAGAUGCAGUACGGUCUUUCCUUGAUUCUCUCAUUCUUUCUGUUAUCAAUUUUCUGUUUGUUUC